UGGACAUAUAAGAGACGCAAGACCAAGACUCAGAUUUGCCAAGACCAAGACUCAGAGCAAGACUUAAUGGCGGUAGGAAAGGAAAACGCGACGUCGACGUUGAUGGAAGAUGAAGAAGUAAUAGUGAAGCCACGUACGGACAAGAGAGAGUAUCGGAGGAUCGUUCUCAAGAACUCGCUUAAGGUGUUGUUAAUCAGCGAUCCAGAGACUGAUAAGUGUGCUGCUUCAAUGAAUGUUAGCGUUGGAUCGUUCUCCGACCCUGAAGGACUAGAAGGGCUAGCUCAUUUCCUUGAGCAUAUGCUAUUUUAUGCAAGUGAAAAGUAUCCAGAGGAAGAUUGUUACAUGAAGUACAUCUCGGAGCAUGGAGGGCGCACAAAUGCUUAUACAUCCAGUGAAGAUACAAACUACCAUUUCGAUAUCAACACAGAUUGUUUCGAUGAGGCUUUGGACAGGUUUGCACAGUUCUUUAUCAAACCGCUGAUGUCAGCUGAUGCCACCAUGAGGGAGAUCAAGGCUGUCGACUCUGAGAAUAAGAAAAACUUGUUGUCUGAUUCUCGGCGUAUGCGCCAGCUGCAGAAGCAUCUAAGCAGAGAAGACCAUCCAUAUCACAAAUUUAGCACAGGGAAUAUGGAUACUCUCCAUGUACGACCCCAAGCAAAAGGAAUAGAUACAAGGAGUGAACUAAUUAACUUCUAUGAUGAACACUAUUCUGCCAACAUCAUGAAUCUGGUUGUUUAUGGCAAGGAAAACCUUGAUAAAACUCAAGGUCUUGUGGAAGAGAUGUUCCAGGAAAUUCGAAACACCAAUAAGGGUAUCCCUAGAUUUUCUGGUCAGCCGUGUACUCUGGACCAUUUGCAGGUUCUUGUAAAGGCUGUACCUAUAAGGCAGGGUCACAAGCUUACUGUUUCAUGGCCUGUAACGCCUAGCAUCCAUCAUUAUGAAGAAGCACCAUGCAGGUACCUUGGUCAUCUAAUUGGUCAUGAAGGAGAAGGAAGUUUGUUUCAUGCCUUAAAAAUCUUGGGUUGGGCAACUGGACUGUAUGCUGGCGAAGGAGAGUGGACUAUGGACUAUUCUUUCUUCAAUGUUUCGAUUAAUCUUACUGAUGCUGGCCAUGAGCAUAUGGAAGAUAUUUUAGGGUUGUUGUUCAGACACAUUAAGCUAUUACAACAGUCUGGUGUUUCCCAGUGGAUUUUUGAUGAGCUCUCAGCUAUCUGUGAGGCAAGUUUUCAUUAUCGAGCCAAAAUAGAUCCAAUUUCUUAUGCAGAGGAUAUUUCAUCAAACAUGACGAUAUACCCAACCAAGCAUUGGCUCGUUGGAUCAUCACUGCCUUCGAAAUUUAAUCCAGCUACUAUACAAAAGGUUCUUGAUGAGCUUUCUCCUAGAAAUGUUCGAAUCUUCUGGAAAUCAAAUAAAUUUGAAGGAGAAACUGACAAGGUUGAGCCAUGGUACAACACUGCUUAUUCUUUUGAGAAGAUAACCGAAUUCACCAUUCAGGAGUGGAUGCAGUCUGCCCCUGAUGUAAACUUGCUUCUACCAAUACCUAAUGUCUUCAUUCCUACGGAUUUGUCAUUAAAGGAUGUUAAAGAUAAGGAGGACAUCUAUCCUGUUUUGUUGAGAAAGUCAGCAUUCUCAAGAUUGUGGUACAAACCUGAUACAAUGUUCUUCAAACCAAAGGCUUAUGUUAAGAUGGAUUUCAACUGUCCCCUUUCAGUCACAUCUCCGGAUGCUGUAGUUCUUUCAAAUAUGUUUGUUUGGUUGCUGGUGGACUAUUUGAAUGAAUAUGCUUAUUAUGCUCAGUCUGCUGGUCUUCACUACGGAUUAGGUCUUUCGGACAAUGGUUUUGAGCUGACUCUUGUUGGCUUCAAUCACAAAUUGAGGAUCUUGCUGGAAGCUGUCAUGCAAAAGAUUGCAAAAUUUGAAGUUAAACCUGACAGAUUUUCUGUUAUCAAGGAAACAGUCACCAAAGCAUACCAAAAUUACAAAUUCCAACAACCAUAUCAACAAGCCACGAGUUACUGCUCAAUGGUAUUACAAGAUCACACUUGGCCUUGGACAGAGGAGCUAGAUGCUCUUUCUCAUUUAGAAGCUCAAGACUUGGUGAAUUUCGUUCCAAUGCUAUUAUCCAGGACCUUUGUUGAGUGCUACAUAGCAGGAAAUGUUGAGAAGAAUGAAGCUGAGUCAAUGGUCAAGCAUGUUGAAGAUAUUCUUUUUAACGACCUAAAACCUAUUUGUCGUCCUUUAUUCCCAUCCCAGUUCUUGACAAACAGGGUUGCAGAGCUGGGAACAGGAAUCAAAUACUUCUACCAUCAACAAGGCUCAAACCCCAGUGAUGAAAAUUCUGCUCUCGUGCAUUAUAUUCAGGUUCAUCAAGAUGAAUGUGCCAUGAAUAGCAAACUUCAACUUUUCUGUCUCAUCGCAAAGCAAGCCACUUUUCACCAGCUUAGAACGGUCGAGCAACUUGGUUACAUCACUUCACUUUCUCGGAGCAACUACUCUGGUAUCUAUGGUGUAAAGUUCAUUAUCCAGUCUUCAGUUAAGGGUCCUGGACAUAUUGAUUCAAGGGUCGAAUCACUACUCAAGGAUCUUGAGACUAAAGUUUACAAGAUAAGCGAUGAGGAGUUCAAGAGCAAUGUAACGGCUUUGAUAGACAUGAAGCUUGAGAAACACAAGAACUUGACGGAGGAAUCUUGGUUUUACUGGGGAGAGAUUCAAAACGGGACAUUCAAAUUCAACCGCAUAGAUGCAGAGGUGGCUGCACUACGAGAGCUAAAGAAGGAAGAAUUGAUAGAUUUCUUUGACGAAUACAUAAAGGUUGACGCACCAAGAAAGAAAUCGUUGAGCAUAUGCGUUUAUGGAAGCCAGCAUUUGAAGGAAAUGGCAUCUGACAAAGACAAAGUUGUAUCACCAUUCGUAGAAAUCGAAAACAUUGUUGGUUUCAGAAAGUCUCGACCUCUAUACGGAUCGUUGAAAGGAUGCAGCCAGCUCAAACUGUGAGGAGGUCCCAAACUCUUUGCAACGAUAUACACACAAACACUCGUAUACCAAAAAAACGAUAUUUUUAUAUGCGACUCUGUAUUCAUCUGAUUGUUACAAAACAGAAUUUUAUCAUUGAAAAACACGGAUUAUAAGUUAUGUUGAUUGCAGCUUUUGUCGAGCAAAGAUAAGAAUGGUAUCAAAAGGUCUUCUAUCA